AUGGGCAAUUUUAUCACUUUCGUCAGCGCUGUUCUUGGUCAUCUCAAUAGCAGUCAUGGAUAUAAACGAUGAUGAAGAGCAUCCUCAAUCUGGCGAGAAUGGCCAGGGAUAUGCGUGGGAAGAGGAGUAUAAACGCAGUUGGGAUAUACUGAUGGAGGAUGAUUCUGGCUCAUUGCAGGGCAUGGUUGCUACAAUGCAGCAGCAGCUUUUAUUGAAGCGUCGAAGAUUGCGAAAGGAGACCGAGUCUGCAAUAGUAGUACAACGAGGAAUUAUUCGGCAAAUUAUUAUUGUUAUAGAUCUAUCCGCAGCCAUGGCUGAGCUUGAUCUAAGACCAAAUCGACUGGAUUGUACUCUCAACUUCCUAGAGAUGUUUGUAGUAGAAUUUUUUGAUCAAAAUCCACUGAGUCAUCUUGGCAUAAUUGGGACCAAGGAUGGAAUGGUUGAAAAAUGGGCCGAAUUGAGUGGAAAUCCAUCGGAGAUUUUGAAAGCAUUGACAAAGCGCUCUAAUCGAGAGACUGCUGGUGAACCAUCGCUUCAGAAUGCAUUGGAAUUGGCGCGAAGAAGUUUAGCGCACGUACCAAUGCAUGUAUCUAGAGAAAUAAUUGUAUUAUACGGAUCGCUUACAUCCUGUGAUCCAGGGGAUAUUCAAGAAACCAUCAAUGAUCUUUGCAAGGAAAAUAUUAGAGUGUCCGUAAUUGGACUUGCAGCCGAAGUUCAAGUCUGUAAGAAAAUGUGUGCUUCUACAAAUGGAGUCUAUAACGUGAUUAUGAAUGACGUCCACUACAAAGAGAUUUUAUUUGCACAUAUUCCACCACCACCACUAUUGCAGACCCAACUGUCUGCAUCAAAUAUUAUUCAAAUGGGAUUUCCAAUGAUGAAGAUUUUUGACGACAUGGUUCUUUGUUCGUGUCAUCAGAAUCCUAUUCAAAAAGGCCACAUUUGUCCAAGGUGCUCGGCCACUAUCUGCAAUAUACCCACAGACUGCUGUCUGUGUUCGUUGACACUUAUAUCAAGCCCUUCAUUGGCAAGAUCGUAUCACCAUCUUUUUCCCGUUCCUAAUUUUACUGAAAUCCCGCCAGUCCAGUCCACAUCAUAUCCAUCACAGGUUGAGUGUUUUUCGUGUCAAACACCAUCUUCAAUGACUAGCUUUCAUUCUGGGACAUAUAUGAUACCUACCGCUCGAUACGCGUGUCCUCGAUGUAAAGUACACGUGUGUCUGGACUGUGAUGUGUAUAUCCACGACACUCUUCACAAUUGUCCUGGAUGUAUGUCUGGAUUUUCAUAA